AUGGCCAGGUUUCAUCUGCUGCCGUUCCUCGUUAUUCCUUUCCCGAAAUUUCAGCGAAUGAUGAUGACAAUGAGCGAUUAUUACAGCCAGCCUUUUUACCACGCCGUGUGCUACUUCAGCGGCUGCAUGACUUCUCUCAUCUUCCCUGAAUUCAGAGAGCGGAAGAUUUCCAAGACUUUUCAGCUGGCAGGCUGGUGCGUAUCUGUCAGUUGCGGCCUCUUCUGCGUAUUCGUGAAGUUUCCAUGGUACUCAAAGGACAGUCCUGCAUCUGACAGCGUAGAGAUAAUCGUCGCCUUCUUCGACAGGAUAGCGUGGUCGAUCUCUCUUGCUUGGAUUACUCUGGCUUGUUCUACGGGCCGAGGUGGCCCUGUGAACAAGUUCCUGUCUUGGAAUGCAUUCGUACCAUUGAGUAAGCUUUCGUAUGGCGUGUACUUAAUCCACCUGCCGCUCUUCGAACUGAUGAUGCACUCGUCGAGAGAACGAGUGUAUUUUUCUGCGUUUAAUCAGGGCACGCUUUACUUCGGUGUGCUCGUGUGGUGCUUGGUGUUCUCGUACUUCGUCUUCAUCGCCUGCGAAGCGCCGACUGCAGUGCUGGACAAGCUUAUUCUCGGCAGGCUGACGAGAGGUGGCAGUGCCCGGAGCCAGGAACGUCAAGAACAACAUCUCGAAGGUGGCGACUCGAACACACUGAGCGGCGGCGUAGAGGGCGAUGAAAUUUCACCGCGCUAA